ACUUAUACUUACAUACAUGUAUCUAUAUAUGUAUAUAAAUAGAAUACAAGUCUGUCCACUGGCUUAGUUGUUUGAAUUCACAAAACUUGGAGAGAGAGAAAUGGCUGAGAAGAAAUAUGAACUCCAGGAGAUCCAGAAGCUGCAAGGUCACACAGACAGGGUAUGGAGCGUCGCCUGGAACCCUGUCGCCGGCACCGACGGCACUCCGCCGAUUCUCGCUUCCUGCAGCGCCGACAAGACCGUCCGUAUCUGGAAGCAAAAUCCUCAAACUUCUGCUUUCAACUGCGUGGGAAGAAUGAGAGUUCAUACUGAAAGUGUGAGAUCAUGUUCCUGGUCACAAAAUGGUCAUUUGUUGGCAGUGGCAAGCUUUGACGGCAAGGUUUCCAUAUGGAACAAGACUGAAACUGGCUUUGAGUUUUGGCACUUCUUAAAGGGUGACAAGAAUAUUGAAGUUGAAAGUGUCUCUUGGGAUGCCUCUGGCGCUCAUCUUGCCACUUGUGGCAGAGAUAAAUCUGUUUGUAUCUGGCGUGUUGAGGAUAAAUACACAUUUGAAGUGAUGGCACAAUUAAGAAAACACAAGCAAGAUGUCAAAAUGGUCCAAUGGCACCCGUCCGAUGAGAUUUUGUUUUCAUGUAGCUAUGAUAAUACUAUCAAGGUUUGGCCAAGAUAUUCUGACCAUGAUGAGUGGAAUUGUACUGAAACUUUGGAUCAUGCAAAAAAGGGACACUCAUCUACUGUCUGGUCUAUAUCUUUUAAUGCCACUGGAGACAAAAUGGUUACUUCGAGUGAUGAUCUUUCCAUAAAGGUAUGGGGUGCAGAGAGGAGGCAGUCUGGUGGUAGCUAUGGACCUUGGAAACAUCUUCAAACUCUAUCUGGCAAUCAUGAUCAAACAAUUUCCUCAGUCCAUUGGUCAAGCGAAGGAAUAAUUGCUAGUGGAGCAGCGGAUGAUGCGAUUUGUUUAUUUGAAGAGAAUCAGGAUGGUUUGGAAAGUGGAGCAAAUUAUAAAUUGCUUUUGAAGAAGGUGAAGGCUCAUGAAAGAGAUGUAAACUCGGUGCAGUGGAGCCCCAAGGAGGUUGGGCUACUUGCCUCGUCAGGUGAUGAUGGAACCAUCAAGAUAUGGAAGCUGAUUUCUCCCCAGUGACAUACAUGUUUAGUAAAUACGUCGAACAUUCAAUGUUGUGCGAUAGCAGCUUAUGUAAUCUGCAGAUUUCCGCAGUGAUAGAUUCUGAUGCAACUUACAGCUGAGUGAUUUCUGUAUCUAAUGGUCAAACAUGAUGGUUAGCUACCUGUUAUUUUCUGAGAAUAAACAGAAAGAUUAAUAGCAUACAGUGCAUUUUGACUUUUGAGUCAUGGUAACAAAAUCCCGUGCCUUUUCAUUAUCUA